ACGGAGAGGUGCAUGAGCAAAAAGGAGGCUGCGAUACAAUUCAUUGGGAUUUUUUUUUUUUUUUUUGUGUGUAUGUAUUGCGUUUUUCCCAUUGCUACGCGCGUUACAAGCUCAGCGCCCGGCUCCCGGUCUCCAGUCGCUGGCGGGGCAGCAGCACCGGGAGGAAGAGGAGAAAAUCCGCGCAGGGGCCGGACCCGCACCCCGCCAGAGGCCAGAAUGUCAUCCUGGGAGAUGUAAAUCCGGUCGGUGCGAGCGAGAGACACGGAGGAGGGGGGGUCCAUUGUAACAUUCUCGAGUUGUUCCCCGCUACUCCUGCUGCUGCCAUCCUCUCCUGAUCCUGCACAGAACGGACUCCAACGGCUGGGCACUCGCACUGCGCCCGGCUCCCCCCUCCAUUUCGUUGUUUGUUUUAAAAUUGAAUUUAUAUUUCUUUUCGUGCCUCCGUGCCGGAGCCUGGCUACAUCGUACGUUUCAUGCGGAGCGGAGUGUCGGGAACUGCAGGAAAAUGUUGACUUAGCCCCAGCGAAGCCUCCCGGCUGGCUGCGUGGAGGAGAAGCCGCCUCCCGCUCUGCGCUGCCCCGGCCCGCCGCGCCGCAGCGCCGGCUGCCUCCCGUUGUCCGCCCGAGCCCGCCGCUUGUCCGCCCGUUGUCCGCGCAGCCGCCAGCGGAGCCCCGGGACUAAGUCCGCCGCGUUCUCCCGCAACCCUGCGCUCGGUGGGGUGACUUGGGCCGCGGGUCCCGCCAGGGCGAGAGAUCCCAGCCCGCCUUCGGCUCUCAGACAGAGGUAUGAAGAUGAAUAAUGCAGACCACUGGUUUCGAUGAUGCUGGGCUUUUAUAACUGGAUUCGUUAAGGAAUACAAAGAAAAUUCUUACAGGGAUCAAUAAUGGUGUCUUCUGGCUGCAGAAUGCAAAGUUUUUGGUUUCUGCUCAUUAUCAGUGUCCUGCAGUGUACCGAAGGUUUCAGCCGAGCAGCACUACCAUUUGGUUUGGUUAGGAGGGAGCUCUCCUGUGAAGGCUACUCCAUUGACCUCCGGUGUCCUGGAAGUGAUGUUAUUAUGAUAGAAAGUGCUAACUAUGGAAGGACAGAUGACAAGAUUUGUGAUGCUGACCCUUUCCAGAUGGAGAACACAGAAUGCUUCCUUCCAGAUGCCUACAAAAUUAUGACACAAAGGUGCAACAACCGAACACAGUGUAUAGUAGUUACUGGAUCAGAUGUAUUUCCUGAUCCUUGUCCUGGAACAUACAAAUAUCUAGAAGUUCAGUAUGAAUGUGUUCCUUACAAAGUGGAGCAAAAAGUUUUUGUUUGCCCGGGGACGUUGAAAGCAAUUGUGGACUCACCGUACUUAUAUGAAGCUGAACAAAAAGCAGGUGCUUGGUGCAAAGAUCCUCUCCAGGCUGCAGAUAAAAUAUACUUCAUGCCAUGGACUCCGUAUCGCACCGAUACUUUGAUAGAAUAUGCUUCUUUAGAGGACUUCCAAAAUGGACGCCAGCAGACGACGUAUAAACUGCCAAAUAGAGUGGAUGGCACUGGAUUUGUAGUGUAUGAUGGCGCUGUCUUUUUUAACAAGGAAAGAACUAGGAACAUAGUAAAAUUUGAUUUGAGGACUAGAAUUAAGAGUGGAGAGGCCAUAAUCAAUUAUGCUAAUUACCAUGACACCUCUCCAUACCGAUGGGGGGGAAAGACUGACAUUGACUUGGCAGUUGAUGAAAAUGGCUUAUGGGUAAUUUAUGCUACGGAGCAAAACAAUGGGAUGAUAGUAAUUAGCCAGCUGAAUCCCUACACCCUGCGUUUUGAAGCCACCUGGGAAACGACGUAUGACAAGAGGGGAGCAUCCAAUGCUUUCAUGAUAUGUGGUGUCCUGUACGUAGUGCGGUCAGUGUAUCAGGACAAUGAGAGUGAGACCGGCAAGAAUUCCAUUGAUUACAUCUACAAUACCCGGUUAAGCAGAGGCGAGCAUGUGGACAUUCCUUUCCCCAACCAGUACCAGUACAUCGCCGCAGUGGAUUACAACCCCAGAGACAACCAGCUGUAUGUGUGGAAUAACAACUUCAUUCUGCGAUAUUCUUUGGAGUUUGGCCCACCUGAUCCUGCCCAAGUGCCUACUACAGCAGUGACAAUAACCUCUUCAGCAGAGCUAUACAAAACCACAGUGUCAACCACUAGCACUACAUCACAGAAAGGUCCCAUAAGCACAACAUUAGCUGGAGGAACAAAGGAAGGAAGCAGAGGACCCAAGCCACCGCCACCCAUUUCCACUACCAAAAUUCCUCCCGUGACAAGUUUUUUCCCUUUGCCAGAGAGAUUCUGUGAACCAACUGAGGCCAGGGGGAUUAGCUGGCCUCAGACACAAAGAGGAAUGAUGGUUGAACGCCCUUGCCCCAAAGGAACACGAGGAACUGCCUCGUAUCUCUGCGUGGUCUUAACUGGAAUGUGGAACCCCAAAGGCCCUGAUCUUAGCAACUGCACCUCACACUGGGUAAAUCAGCUGGCUCAGAAGAUCAGAAGUGGAGAAAAUGCUGCUAGUCUGGCCAAUGAACUGGCUAAACACACCAAAGGACCUGUCUUUGCUGGCGAUGUUAGUUCAUCAGUGAGGCUGAUGGAGCAGCUUGUGGACAUUUUGGAUGCUCAGCUGCAGGAACUGCGGCCCAGUGAAAAAGACUCUGCUGGAAGGAGUUAUAACAAGGCAAUUGUGGAUACAGUGGACAACCUGCUCAGGCCUGAAGCUCUGGAGUCCUGGAAGGACAUGAAUUCUUCAGAACAAGCCCAUGCAGCCACAAUGCUACUUGAUACGUUAGAAGAAGGGGCUUUUGUCUUGGCUGAUAAUCUCUUAGAACCAACUAGAGUCUCAAUGCCCACAGAAAAUAUCGUUUUGGAUGUUGCAGUGCUCAUUACGGAGGGCCAGGUGCAGGACUUGAAAUUUCCUCAGGGCAGCAAAGGAGGGAAUUCUAUUCAGCUCUCUGCAAGCACUGUCAAACAGAACAGCAGGAACGGAUUAGCAAAACUGGUUUUCAUCAUUUACAAAAGUUUAGGGCGUUUUCUCAGCACAGAAAAUGCAACCAUAAAGUUAGGCAGCGACUUUGCUGGGCGGAAUAGCACGAUCGCAGUGAACUCCCACGUCAUUGCAGCCUCUAUCAACAAGGAGUCUAGCCGGGUAUACCUGACUGAUCCUGUGCAUUUUACGCUGGAACACAUUGAUCCUGACAAUUAUUUCAAUGCAAAUUGUUCCUUCUGGAACUACUCAGAGAGGACUAUGAUGGGAUACUGGUCAACUCAAGGCUGCAAACUUGUUGACACAAAUAGAACUCAUACAACGUGUGCUUGCAGUCACCUAACCAACUUUGCAAUUCUGAUGGCUCAUCGGGAAAUUGUGUACAAAGAUGGAGUGCACGAAUUGCUCCUCACUGUCAUCACCUGGGUGGGAAUUGUCAUCUCUCUUGUUUGCCUGGCCAUCUGCAUCUUCACAUUCUGUUUUUUCCGUGGCCUGCAAAGUGAUCGUAACACUAUUCACAAGAACCUUUGUAUCAACCUAUUCAUUGCUGAGUUCAUUUUCCUAAUAGGCAUCGAUAAGACAGAGUACAAGAUUGCAUGUCCAAUAUUCGCAGGUCUGUUACACUUUUUCUUCCUGGCAGCCUUUGCCUGGAUGUGUCUAGAAGGAGUGCAGCUUUAUCUAAUGUUAGUAGAAGUAUUUGAAAGUGAAUAUUCUAGGAAGAAGUACUAUUAUGUUGCUGGCUACCUCUUCCCUGCUACAGUCGUUGGUGUUUCAGCAGCUAUUGACUAUAAGAGCUACGGAACAGAGAAAGCUUGCUGGCUUCAUGUAGAUAACUAUUUUAUUUGGAGUUUUAUUGGACCUGUUACCUUUAUUAUUCUGCUGAAUCUUAUCUUCCUGGUGAUCACAUUGUGCAAAAUGGUGAAGCACUCAAACACUUUGAAACCAGACUCUAGCAGGUUGGAAAACAUUAAAUCCUGGGUCCUGGGUGCAUUUGCUCUCCUGUGUCUCCUUGGCCUAACAUGGUCGUUUGGCCUGCUGUUUAUCAAUGAGGGCACUGUUGUGAUGACGUAUCUCUUCACAGUAUUUAAUGCUUUCCAAGGAAUGUUUAUUUUCAUCUUUCAUUGUGCCCUUCAAAAGAAAGUACGUAAGGAAUAUGGCAAAUGCUUCCGACAUUCUUACUGCUGUGGUGGGCUACCAACUGAGAGUCCCCACAGUUCGGUGAAGGCAUCAACAACAAGAACUAGUGCCCGCUAUUCCUCUGGCACUCAGAGUCGUAUAAGGAGGAUGUGGAAUGACACUGUGAGAAAACAAUCUGAAUCAUCUUUUAUCUCAGGUGACAUCAACAGCACUUCAACACUUAAUCAAGGAAUGACUGGCAAUUACCUACUAACAAACCCUCUUCUUCGACCACACGGCACUAACAACCCCUAUAACACAUUGCUCGCUGAAACAGUUGUAUGUAAUGCCCCUUCAGCUCCUGUGUUUAACUCACCAGGACAUUCACUGAACAAUGCCAGGGAUACAAGUGCCAUGGAUACUCUACCGCUAAAUGGUAAUUUCAACAACAGCUACUCAUUGCGCAAUGGAGACUAUAACGACAGUGUGCAAGUUGUAGACUGUGGACUAAGCCUGAAUGAUACUGCUUUUGAGAAAAUGAUCAUUUCAGAAUUAGUGCACAACAACCUGCGGGGCAGCAGCAAGAACCACAACCUGGAGCGCACGCUACCAGCCAAAGCUGUGAUCGGCGGGAGCAGUAGCGAAGAUGAUGCCAUCGUGGCAGAUGCCUCAUCUUUGAUGCACAGUGACACCCCCGGGCUGGAGCUCCACCACAAAGAGCUUGAGGCCCCUCUCAUUCCUCAGCGGACUCACUCCCUUCUGUACCAGCCCCAGAAGAAAGUGAAGACCGAGGGAACAGACAGCUAUGUCUCACAGCUGACAGCCGAGGCUGAUGACCACCUCCAGUCCCCCAACAGAGACUCUCUUUACACAAGCAUGCCCAAUCUCAGAGACUCUCCAUAUCCAGAGAGCAGCCCCGAUGUUGAAGAAGAUCUCUCUCCCUCCAGGAGGAGUGAAAAUGAGGACAUUUACUACAAGAGCAUGCCAAAUCUAGGAGCUGGCCAUCAGCUUCAGAUGUACUAUCAAAUCAGCAGGGGUAAUAGCGACGGCUAUAUAAUUCCCAUUAACAAGGAAGGAUGUAUUCCAGAAGGGGACGUUAGAGAAGGACAAAUGCAACUAGUGACAAGCCUUUAAUAGUGUAGCAAAGAAAUAUUAAAGGCCACGUACAAGUAUUAAAAAGACUUAAUUGGCCCCAUGCAGGCUCCCUCAUAUCUGCUUGAAGAGACAAUUGUGUUGACCCUGUGGUUCUCCAGUAAUGGGGAUGACUGGACCUCGCAGUUCUGUGAAUUUUUAUAAAACAAAAACUUUGUAUAUACACAGAGUAUACUAAAAUGAAUUAUUUGUUACAAAGAAAAUACCAAACAAGGUAUUUUAAGAUAUCUUCUGCUGCUGAAUUUAACAAAAUUGUGAAGAAAAAAAAACAGAGAAAUAAAACACUUCCCAGCCAUUUUACUGCAGCAGUUUGUGAACUAAAUUUGUAAAUAUGGCUGCACCAUUUUUUUUUCUAGGCCUACAUUGUAUUAUAUACAAGGCGUAGGCUCUAAAAUCCUGUGGGACAAAUUUACUGUACCUUACUAUUCCUGACAAGACUUGCAAAAGCAGGAGAGUUAUUCUGCAUCAGUUUGCAGUUCACUGCAAAUCUUUUCCAUUAGGGCAAAGAUUGAAUACAUGUCUAACCACUAGCAAUCAAGCCACAGGCCUUAUUUCAUAUAUUUCCUCAACUGUACAAUGAACCGUUCUCAUGAAAAAAAAAAAUGGCUAAAGAAAUUAUAUUUUGUUCUAUUGCUAGGGUAAAAUAAAUACAUUUGUGUCCAACUGAAAUAUAAUUGUCAUUAAAAAAAUAAUUUUAAAGAGUUUGAAGAAAAUAUUGUGAAAAGCUCUUGGUUGCACAUGUUAUAAGCUGUUUUUCUUACACUCUGUUCAUAGUACGGUAGUAUGUUUAAAUGCAAGUUCUACCCGUUUUCACUUAUUUUUCACUGUAAACAGUGUUCUGCUUUGACAAGUUAGUUUUUAUUCUUACGUUUUGAAUUUUUAUUGCCAAAAACCAUAAUUUGGGGAGAAAAUUGUUUUAGAAACCAAUUAUGCCAAGCCUUGCACAAAUCUGAUAUAGCUAACAAAGAUUGUAACUCAAUUCCCUGUUCAUUCUUUAAUCAAUCAGGGUUGGGUGGUAAGGGGUAAAGGGGACACCGGACACUUCUCACAAGCUUUCUCGUGAAUAAAAGGUGCCUGUCCUUUAAAAAAAAUAAAUAAAACAUAACUAUUACUCUUCCAUAUUACUUCUGCCUAUAUUUAGUAAUUAAUUUAUUUUAUGAUAAAAAUCUAAUGAAAUGUAAAUUGUUUCAACAAAAUUCUGCUUUUUUUUCAUCCCUUUGUGUAAACCUGUUAAUAAUGAGCCCAUCACUAAUAUCCAGUGUAAAGUUUUAACACCUGUUUGACAGUAAAUAAAUGUGAAUUUUUUUCCAAAUAGGUAAAAUGUGCAUUAUUAUGUACGAAGCAUAAUUGGCAUCAGCAGUCCUUCGACCCAGCUGUAUCCUGCUUAGGCUGGCUUUACAUUUCAUGAUUUAAUAUUGAGAAUACAAUAGAAACUGUCUGUAUAGCUCUGCAGAAGAGAGGUCAUCUUACCUAUUCAUUACUCUAGUCAAAAUUGGAUAAGAUCAAACUCAGACAUAGCAGGGUCAUUAGGAAAAUGUACUGUAAUUUCAUAAUUUACAUAACUUUUAAGUAGACAUCUGUGCUGAAAUUAAAAAUAAGGUGGUAAACACCAGUAUCAUAUUAUCAGCAACAGUAAUUAGCAGUUAAUUAUUAGUGAUGAAGAUAUGUUGUUGCAGUGGGGAAAACAUGAAUAAGCAUUUGGAUAGCACUCUGAGCGCUAUCUAAAUAAUCCGUCAUGGCACUGUUUUGAGUUAGAUAAAUAAGCGUGACUGUCCCUAUUUUUAUCAGACCGGAGAACUGCAGAAGGCAGCUGAUGUCCAAGAUGUUACUGACCAAAUCAGUGGCAAAAUUGGAAGUCCGAGGUCUUUGUUUUGUUGUUUCCCAAGCCUUGUUUGUCCCUCUCAAUCAGGGCCUCUCAAAAUACAAUGUCAAAGACUUCAUUUGACACCAUUCCCAAAACAGCAUUCUUCCAAAUAACGCUAAAGUUAAUGCCCUGUCAUCACAGGGGCCACCAUUUCACAUGUGGCAGCUUGUGACUACAUGUAUGAUAACAGCAAAAAUUCACUUGAAAGCCAUAUCAGUUGUUACCUUCGAAUGCAUUGGAAUAUAUAAAGUCCAUUUGGAAAAUAAAUCAAUGCAUUUUGAAAAAGUUUAGAUUUAGGAAGAGCAUUUUGGGCAAGACUUCGUGCUGUUGAGACAAUUCAAAAUGUAAAAAUAAUAAAAUCCAGGUUGAGAUGGAACCCUGGGGUUCAGGUAAUUAUCAGGACUGUGACACUGUAGCAUAUGUUCUUGAAGAAAAAGGCAUCACCAUUCACCCUACUGGUAACUCUUGCUGUUCCUUAACAGUUAAAAGCUACUAUGCUUGCAGUUCCAGUCACUGGAAUAUUUAAAAUUAAAUCAGAAACUGUUUAGCUCUGUUGAGUAGAGAUGCUUUAAAAAUCUGAAGUCUCUAUGAAAUAAGAAUUUGUUCUGAUGCAGGGUAUACAGCAGACUCUUUGGAGCAACAAUUAUUCGCUUGGUCUGUCUGGCAACUUAAAAGCAACUUGCUGCCUUCUACCUAGGAAAUUGUGUCUUAGGGAUUUAAAAAUUGUGGUGCUCAAGUAAUUACAGUACACAUGACCUAAUAAUGUCACCAACUUCCAACAGAAUCUUCAACCCUUGUUCAAGCAAGUACUCCUUUGUGUCUAACUAAAGGUGGCAAAACUACAUACUGGAAGAAGGUUUGUAGCAUUGUGAUCUUAAAUAUAUAGUCAAUGGCAAAUAUAACAAGUAUUCAUAAAACAAGAAAAUGUAGCUGAUGAACCUAAGAUGAACCAGCUGAACCUAAGUAUCAUAAGGGAAUUCUUUUGUUAGCUUCUUUGUAACGUAGAUGUUGCUUUUUAGUGAGCCUGAUUUCUUUAAUGUUAUGCUAGUGAGUGUCCCGUGUUCAGCUAGCAGCCAGUUAGUUCCUUGCCAAAUUUCUGUUGGUGUAACUUCUCAGUGUAGUAGGUUACAGUAUAAUUAUAUAGCCGACAGCUUAUUGUAAUUUCUUUAUGUUCUCUUCUCGCGUUCCUGCCAUCUUGUCUUGGGAUCAGAAGGACAGAAGAAUUCAGAGGAAGAGUUCGAGAAUAGCAAAAUAAUGACAGCAGAAUUAAUGGAAACAAGUGUUUCUUCAGGGUCAUCAGUUAACCAGUUCCUACGAUGGUGCCAAGGAUAUGCUGCUAUUUUAGGCACUGUCUUUCAGAAGAGCUGUAAUUUUUUUAUGGCUAGUAAUCUGUUAGUAUCAGUGUUAACCCUACUGGCUCAGUUCAAUUCUUCCUUGUAACUUCAGUCCAGUUAUAUUAAUUCCUACAAAAGAUUAAAUGGGAUGUGCAUUAGUGAACUGUUGUAUAAUGGUGCUAUGCAUUGUUUAAUAUAAAAUACAUCUCAAUUCUACAUAAGUGAACCAUAACAUGAAGAAAUGCAACACUGGUAAUACCUUUAUAGUUAAAAUUAACCUUUAUCUGUGAAUUCUACAAUACACUUUCGCUUCUUUUAAAUUUGAAAUGAAAUUACUAAUAAAGUUUACAUAUAUUCACUUA